CCUGAGGAGCUUGUCUCAUUCCCAGUGUGCCGCUCAGCAAGAGGUCCGGCCUUCUCUGCCGCCGUCUCUCUUGCCUGUUGUAAUUCUGUCUGCCUCUCUCUGACUCUGCUGUGCCUCUCUUUCUGUUUGAGCCUCUCCGCACGCUCGUCCCUUCUGCCUGAGUCACAGCCCCUUGGGCUCUGCACCCCCAUGCAUCUGUCUACGCUGCCCUGUCCUUCUGUCCUGACGCCAUCCCCUUUCCCGGUGCCUUCCCUCUACUUCAAGAGGGCUCAGGCCCGGAAACAGCACCGGGGACUCUCGCGGCUUUCCUCUGCGUCUUACCAAGCCUGCCGGCCAGGAGGGCCGCGGGUCGGCAGCCCCAGGGUGGCCUGCGGCCAAGGGAGGGCGGAGCCCAUCGGGGCGGGAUUGGCUCUGGGUCCACCUCAUAAAGCCGGGGGCGAGGGGCGCGCCGCGCUCUGGAGAAGCCGUGGAGGGGCACUGUGGUCUGACAGUCCCCGCAGGCUCAGUCGCAGCCCUGCGGAGACAUGCCCCGGAGCCCCCGGCCCGCGCCGAGCUGGGCGCUGCUGCUGCGGUUGCUGGCGCUGCUGCGGCCGCCGGGGCUGGGCGAGGCGUGCAGCUGCGCCCCCGCGCAUCCCCAGCAGCACGUCUGCCACUCUGCGCUCGCUAUCCGGGCCAAGAUCUCCAGUGAGAAGGUAGUUCCUGCCAGCGCAGACCCUGCUGACCCUCAAAAAAUGAUCCGGUAUGAAAUCAAACAGAUAAAGAUGUUCAAAGGGUUUGAGAAAGUCAACGAUAUUCAGUAUAUUUAUACGCCUUUUGAUUCCUCCCUCUGUGGGGUGAAACUGGAAGCUAACAGCCAGAAGCAGUAUCUCCUGACUGGUCAGAUCCUCAGUGAUGGGAAAGUCUUUGUCCAUCUGUGCAACUACAUCGAGCCCUGGGAGAACCUAUCCUUUCUGCAGAGAGAAAGUCUGAAUCACCACUACCAUCUGAACUGUGGCUGCCAAAUCACCACCUGCUAUAUGGUGCCCUGCACCAUCUCGGCUCCCAACGAGUGCCUCUGGACAGACUGGCUAUUGGAACGGAAGCUCUACGGGUACCAGGCCCAGCAUUAUGUCUGCAUGAAGCAUGUUGAUGGCACCUGUAGCUGGUACCAGGGACGCUUGCCCCUCAGGAAGGAGUUUGUUGACAUCAUCCAGCCCUAGGAGGGAUCGCCACAACCCUUUGAGAGUCCCGAAGACCAAGCCCUUUUCCUUCCUGGCAGGGCGCUGGCUGUCCCCACCUGCUUCAUGGAUGCCAGACAAGGGGAAGUAUCAGGUGGAUGGUGUGGCCAGCAUGGGGGCAGGGAUGGGGCGUGUGGCAGCUUGUGUCCGGGACCCCAGUCCAGAACACGUCACGCCAAGGGCUAGGGAAAGUAGCAGGACUUUUCUCUCCCACCCUCAGCUCUUCAUCCUUGCCUCCAAACCUUCUAGUUGAGCUGGUAUUUGUUACUGAUUCUGGCUUAGUUUCUGUUUUCAAAGCUAGGACUAUUCCUUUUUCUCCCCAGAUAAGUGUGUUUUCUUUUUAUCUUAACUGAUCUGACAGGGGAGAAAUGAUGACUGUUAUACAUAUGAGAUGGGGUGGCCUUGUGCGAUAUAAGGCCAGAAGGUGGGUGACAGUAUCAUAAACAGGCUGACUUGGAGAAAUGAAAAGAACAACAUCCUCUGGCUGUGUUUCAUUUACUCCUCCAGUCUCAACUCAUUCUGAUCCUCUGAUACGCUUUCACCUGUUUAGGGGAGUGACAAAGGGGGACAAGGAGUCAUUCAGUGUGAAGCCUACAAUGUAAUCCCCUCUAUACCAUUCUUGGCACAGGGCCUGGCCCAGUUAGCAAGACAAGAAUAGACUUGGGUAUUGUCUCUCCAGGUUGACUAGACUUAAUGUCUUCAACUGCUGUCCAAAAGGCUUCUCCUCUGUCUCCUUUAGAAAGUCCUUCUCUACUAGAUUACUAAUGUUUUCAUUACUACUUCAAAACCUUUUUUAAGCGUAAAAAAAAAAAAAAAAAGCCUUUCUGUUAUAGAGUUGAAAUUCCCCCUUAGCUUUUGAAACCUCACAGAGAUCUUGGCGGUGGGGGGUGGGUGUCCUCUCUUGAGGGCACAUUUUAGGCUAGAGGACAGGAGAAAAAGAACACAAGGGCCCUUGGGGGAAAGGAUGGUAGGUGAGGAAUAUACUUUGCAAAUGUUACAGUUCUUCAAGUGGUCAGCCUGCUUUGAGAACCGCUCCCCCCAGCCUUCUGCUCAGUCCUCUUGGACACCCUGAAAUCUACAAGCACAGCCCCUGAGGGUUCCUCUGCCUCUACAAGCCUUCCUGACUUGUCCUGAUGCGGGUCUUAAGGAUUUAUCAGGGACAAGUGCUUAAAGUUCCAGGGCCUCUCCCGGGGAAGCUCUGGCAAAGAUGGAGAAGGUAGUUCUUCCCAAGGCCCCAAGGUUCUAUACAGCUUGCUGAUAAGCUGAGGCAUGCAGAAAACACUGGAAGAAGGUUCCACAGAAAUGGUGCAAACGGAGAUUCCUUCUGGAGAUCUCUGUCCUGGAGCAAAAGACUUGGAAAGCUAAAGCAGAGAGUCUCCACUGGUGGGUUAAGUAGGCUUACCCACUGACCAUGCAGGCCUGGGGCAGAGAACGUGGGGCCAGAGAAGAAGAAUGGGGGAAAACAUUAGAGGCAGCCUCUGUACCAACCGUCUAUCCCAUCGUUCUGCUCCUUCUGCCAUCCUGGGAUGGCCUCAGAGAAGGCAGAGUGAAACCCUUGUCUUAUCUGAAUUUUGAGGAAGUGUCUGGUGAAUAAUAUCAGGAACAAUAGCUUACACCUGAGGAGCACACCACACUCCUCACAGACUAUUUGCUUAAAGAAUCUCACUGAAAUCAUGCAAGUGCCAUGUUAGCUAUCCUGGCCAGGAAUCGUUAAGCCCACUCUCCUUUCGGAUUGGGAUGCUGACACGUGGUGAGGGAACAUAACCGUCUGUGAGUUGUGGCUAGAAUCGCAAGCAGCAGGAUCUUCUGACUAUUGAUCCAUCUAGGUUGUUACUCUCAGCUUUUGAUAAAACGCCCCUGUUUCUGCUCUUUCCUAUUCUGUCUUGGAGACAGAGGGCUGUCUGAGGCCUCAGUGGAGUCUCGGGCUGAGAGGCCGAGGCCCUCCUCAGAGGCCCACGCGGCAGCUCGGCGCAGACAGCAGAGGCCGGCGCCCCUCAGCCACCUACCAUCUCUCUGUGGUUGGGGUAGUAAGUCUGCUCGAUGAGCGGGAACUUCUCUCCUCCCAGGGUCUUGUAGACGGCCACUAGCUGGGCAAACUGCAAAAGAGAAGCAAAGGUUUCCGUUUACCCAGACAGCUUCUGGGGCAGACGAAACGGCGACCCACUGAGCAAGUAUUUAUUGAGCAUCUGCUCCACUGAGGGCUUUGUACAAAGUGCUCUGAGGAUAUAAAAGAGGUGUCCCACCCUCUAUUCUCCAGGAACAUAUGCUUCUGUUGAGGAAGGGAGAGAGUGAGCUAGUAUUCAUUCAGUGCCUACCCAGUGUUAAUGAUAUUUCAUUUAAUCCUCAUAUCAAACUGAUGAGCUAGGGUUCUUUAUCAUCCUCAUUUUACACAUGAGGCUCAGGAAGGGUAGGUGACUGCCUAAAGCCACAGUGCUGCAAAAAAAGGGACAGCAGGCAUUGAAAUUUUGGUCUCUAUAACUCUAAACACCAUCAUCCCUAGAGAUGGAAAGUGAUGAAGCUGGAUGGGGGAACAAGGGGCCCAGUCUUGGAAAUUCAAAUGCCAAGGAAAAGAAAGGGAGGAUGGAAUCAUAGAAUGCAGCAAAGACAGACCCCGUCUUCUGGACUUACUGCUCAUCUAAGAACUGAACUCACCAGACCCUUCACCUGUGAAAAGCCAGAACAGCUCCAGGGAGAAGGGGUGAAGCGCACAUACUUAAAUGUCAGGGUCUGCCUUUGGCGAACAUGUAGCGUCCCUGGUGUCCCCUGCCCACCCCUCUACUUUAUAAGUGGAGAAACUGAGGCCCAGAGAGGUUGCCCAGUCAAGGUCACACAGCAGUUGAGCCAGAUUCAUAGCCAGACCCCUUUAGUCCUAACCCAUAACUCUUCCUUCUCCUUCAUGUAGCUGCCUUUCAGGCUCUAAAGAGACCAUGCUCUUCCCACAGGAAACUUUCCAGUUCAAUCCGUUCACACUCAUUCCCCACCUCCACACACACCCACCCCAAAGCCCCGGCAGCGGCAGUGAUCCAGGUCUUCUCUCUCGUGCUACUGGGCUCACGCUCUAAGCCACUGAUACCUGGAACUGCUGGAAGGAAGAGUUGCCAGAUUAAACCGACCUUCUGUUUACUAAAGAAGGGAAAGAUAGAAUAUUUUUCAAAAGCCCAGUUCCUGUUUUCAAUCAGUGAUGUUAGCACGUGUGUUGGUACGGGGAGACAAUAAAAGCCAGAGCUGGGUUGUUAGAAAA